CCAGCGAGCGCGAGUCAAACACCGCAUCGGUCUCCAGCUUUAGCCUGGUGAGAGCUCAAAAAACGAGCAAGCAGCCCUGAUCCCGGCACCAGGACGUUUUAGUCGUGGACAGGAAGCGUCAGGCUUCCAGUCAGCCCGGCGGCUCCCUGAAGAGCUGGGCCGGCAGGAACAGACGGCGCCGGAACCCGGCGCCUGGGACAUACGCGCGGCGGAGCGGAAAGGCUGAUGUACCCUGCGAAGAGGAGGAAGUCGAUGGGACUGACGCAGCUGGGGGAACUUCGCCUUGAUGGCACUUUCCUGCCCAUGACUCCGCCCCCGCCAGAGGGGCUAGGCUCCUGGAUUCAAGAUGGAGUCGUUGAGUCGAGCUGGGCAGGAGAUGAGCCUGGCGGCUCUGAAGCAAAAUGACCCCUACAUCACCAGCAUUGCAGACCUCACGGGCCAAGUCGCUCUGUACACUUUCUGCCCCAAGGCCAACCAGUGGGAGAAGACUGAUAUAGAAGGGACCUUAUUUGUGUAUCGAAGGUCAGCUUCACCUUACCAUGGUUUUACCAUUGUAAAUCGACUGAAUAUGCACAAUCUAGUUGAGCCAGUGAAUAAAGAUUUGGAAUUUCAGCUCCAUGAACCAUUUCUUCUCUAUAGAAAUGCAAGCUUGUCAAUAUACAGUAUCUGGUUUUAUGACAAGAAUGACUGUCACCGGAUAGCAAAACUCAUGGCUGAUGUGGUGGAAGAGGAGACACGAAGAUCCCAGCAAGCUCGGGAUAAACAGAGCCCCAGCCAGGCCAAUGGCUGCAGCGACCACAGGCCCAUCGACAUCCUGGAGAUGCUGAGCAGAGCCAAGGAUGAGUACGAGAGGAAUCAGAUGGGUGACUCAAAUAUCUCCAGCCCUGGGUUACAGCCAAGCACUCAGCUCUCCAAUGUGGGAAGCACUGAGACGCUAGAAGAGACACCCUCCGGGUCACAAGAUAAGUCUGCUCCAUCUGGACACAAACACCUGACUGUGGAAGAAUUAUUUGGAACCUCUUUGCCAAAGGAACAGCCAGCAGUUGUGGGUCUGGAUUCAGAAGAUGUGGAAAGGCUGCCAGGAGAUGUUCCCCAGAAAGAGCCCAGUUCAUUCCUACCAUUUCCCUUUGAGCACUCAGGAGGAACCCCUCAAUCAGAAAACCUGGGUAUCCUUUCUGCUGCCCAUCACUCUGUCCAAUCUGAAGUCACCACCCCGGUGCUAAUCACUCCAGCCUCCAUCACACAAACUAGUGAGAAGCACGCCCCAAGCUACCCAAUCCCUAUGAGCCCUGUGCUCAGUCCCACCCUGCCAGCUGAAGCUCCUACUGCCCAGGUUCCCCCCAGCUUACCUCGAAACAGCACCAUGAUGCAGGCAGUGAAGACCACACCUAGACAGAGGUCUCCCCUCCUGAACCAGUCAGUCCCUGAUCUAAGCCACACCAGUCUGAUUGCCAACCAGAGCCCCUUCAGGGCCCCACUAAGUAUGACAAACACAGCUGGCACAUCCCUCCCAAGCGUUGAUCUUCUCCAGAAACUCAGGUUGACCCCACAGCAUGACCAAAUACAGACACAGUCACUUGGGAAAGGUGCAAUGGUACCCAGCUUUUCUUCAGCCGCUGGUCAGCUGGCCACACCUGAGAGCUUCAUAGAACCUCCCUCUAAGACAGCAGCAGCAAGAGCAACAGUCUCAGCCUCCCUGAGCAACAUGGUGCUUGCUCCCCUUCAGUCUAUGCAGCAAAACCAGGAUCCUGAAGUAUUUGUUCAGCCUAAGGUGUUAUCCACUGCUGUCCCGAGGUUCCCUGUUCUGGACCCGACUGCUGGCUCCUACGCUUUGGUGCAAAAUGACCAUUGUUCCCUGCAGGUUGCAGGCCCCUCACUGAUUACUGCAACCACCACUGCAGUGUCUUCAGUCCUGCUGGCUCCAAGUGUUUUCCAGCAGACAUUUACAAGGUCCACAGAGCUCGAGAGGAAAGCCAACUCCCCUUCUCCUCUAACUAUUGGAACACCAGAAAAUCAGAGAAAGCCUUCCAUUAUUCUCAGCAAGUCUCAGCUCCAGGAUACAUUAAUACAUCUAAUAAAGAAUGAUUCCAGCUUCCUCAGUACCCUUCAUGAAGUCUACUUACAGGUCCUAACAAAGAACAAAGACAACCACAACCUAUGACUGGAGCAGAAUAAAUCUGAAGGCAGAAUGUCAACCUCAGAAACAAAUAGGCUUCAUCAUGGAAACUUCUAAACAGAGCUUUGAGUUUUCAGAAUCCUGAAAUUGAGCCUAUGAGAAGGAGACUCAUUCCAUAAGAAUGUUUUCCAAGUAACAUUCUCAGUGAUUAUGGAGGUUUCACUGUGAAGCAUCACCAGCAGACCUUUGUUUUGACAAAAAGAAAAAAAAAUCAUUGUGUUGAAUUAUGUGGGUGUUUUCAUCAGCUAUAAGCAAGUAUGUGAAAUAAGGAGUCUUUCAGUUUGUUUUCACUUGCAAGGUGGAGUAGUCACCAGCUUUUCUCCAGCCAGAGCUCAGCCUAGCCCACACCUCUAACCCCUAACCCUGCCCCCUAGAAACUUGGACAUUAGGCUGAGAGUUAAGUUCUGAACAGAGUAGAAGUCAGCUUUGCAAAGUAGCUUUGAGUUUUAAGGAUCAGAGUUUAAGUUGGCAAAUUAGGAAUUAUUUGUUCAAGUGCAGUAUAUUUCUUAUGAAUGCCCCAUUUGGGUCUUUAAAGUUCUUAAAUUUCUUAAUAGCAUCUUAUUUUUAAGUGUGCCCAGUCCUGCCUUGUAGCAUUAACAUUUGAAUAGGGUGCUGUCAGGCUCCAGUGGUGUGGAGGCAUGGCACACCUUUGAAGCAAAGGCUGGGGCUUGCAGGCCCAAAUCCUUUCAUGUCUUCUACUCUCCUGUGGUUUUGAAAAUGUUCAUAUGUGAAGCACAGCUUUAUUUUCCUUUUCUGUCUAAAUACGGUUAGAAGUCAUUGUUGAUUGUUUUCCUUAACACUUAGAUGAAAGGACCAGUGGACCAAUCUCACAAAGCCAUCCUGGUUCCAUUUCUUGAGUGUACUGAGAAUAGUUUUAAAGCUAUGCAGAAAAGGGAGCUGUUAUUCACACUGCCCUUACUUUGUUGUAGAAUAUGGAGUUGAAAAGAAAGUAUGAGAUUCAGAACUUUACCAAUAUAUUCCUAGGCUGUGAGUAUUUUCCCAGCCCAAAGUGUGAAAAUAUGUAAAGAUGCUUUGUUAUGCUGCUAUUGAUCUGCCAUGAUUUAUAUUUAUUCUUUUAUGGCAUGUAAUGGUAUUUAGUAAUAUUUUAAUGUAGAUUUUGAUUUAUUUCGGCAAUAGUAAUUUUAAAAUAUUCUUUGAAUGAAAAGUGUCUUUGUUUCUAUAAUACAGGUCAUUUUGUAAUAUUUAACCAAUUAAGAUGCACUGCUUACUUUUCUGAGCACUAUUUAAUGAUGGGGUAAAAACCCAAUUGGCUCAACCAGCUAGCAUAAGGAUUAGCUGUGAAUAAUGCUGGCAGAUGUGAUGGUUCCUUGGGAACAAUCAUUUAAGCUUUAAUGGUAAUUCAAUCAUAAGUCCAUAGAUUUUUUUUUUUCCUAGCUGAAAUUUUAGAAAAUUACUUGUGAAUUAUAUACUUGUUUUAGUUGGUCUUAGUUUUUUAGUAUAAAGAAUACUUCGAUUGGCUUUUUAAUCAAAACAUGCUUCCUGGAUAAUAUUUCUGCUUCUCUGUUUAGUAUCUUCUAUUGCUGUUUACCUAGUUAUGUGUGAAUUGUACAGAAUUCAGGGAAGCUUAGAACUUUUCAUGCUCAACUAGAAAUACUUUGUUUUCAAAGAUAAUGUGUAAAUUCAGCAACCAAAAAUGAAUUGCUUGUGCAUCAUAUGGGAAAUAGAAAGUUAUAGUAAGAAACAGUGUCACUGACUCCAUGUGUCCAAGGAGCCAUGUGACUGUUCUCGUAAAAUGGAUGCGCCAGUAGAUUUGAUCCCUCCCCCCAAAUGUAGUCACAGUGGGCUUUGGUAAAUGGACGAAUCAAGGGAUUUCUGUUGUAAUAGAAAUAUGAAUAUAAAUGAUGCUUUUGAGUAAGUGUAAUAUUAUGAGAGGAAAGUUUAAAGAGAGAAUAUCCUAAAGAGGGUCUGUAAUCAAAUCUAUUAAUUUUCACCCUUUAAUGCUAGGUAUGAAUAUGAUAAUAGAGAAAAAUCUAUGGUAAGGCUUCUUUAGUUUAAAAGUAAACUUUUAAGUGCCCAAGUCAUGGAGACUUGAAAAGAGUAAACCUGCUUCAGCUCCCAAAUUUAUAUAUUCAAAGCAUUUACUUAAAAUUCAGAAGCCAGAAGUUCACAGUCAUGAUCACCAGGAAGUUCAGGCUAAAAUACGUCACUAGAGAAGCCAAGCCAAGCCAAGCCUGGACAGUUGCAGUUGGAUGACCCUUGGCCAGAAAGUGGCAGUUCAGUUGCCUUACUCCUCGUUCAGGCUUACUCUCCAGAACCUCAUGCUGGCUUAGAUUGCAUGUUUACAUUGCUGCAGUGUCUUUACUGGAAUCUUAGUUGAAUCAAAACAGACACCAAGAUGGAGAUUCUUCUUGUUAGAUUUGGCAGAACCCCAGGAGACCUGCAUUUCAACCACUCUGUCCAUCCGAGUGCCUACCUCUAACCCCAGGAUCCAAGUGUAGGCUCAAAGGAGCAGCACAGAGCUUGGGAGAGAGGUGUGUCUGGGGUGUCACUACUGGGUGGUGCUGUUCUUCUUGUUGUUUGCUAAUGUGCUGUCUUUAAAUGGACUCUCACACUCCCAUACAGCCUUGUUCCUUUAAGGCAGAAGCUCCUCUUCCUUGCUCAUCUCUCCUGGGAUUUAUGAGGUAUGAGAGUUGGCCUACUUGACUCUGACUGCUAAGUUUUCAAGUGACUGUCAGUGUCGGGAGAAGAAUUUCAUGCCUCUGCAUGUGGAAUGUCCACAGCUUACCUUUGCAGGCUUAGAUGUAGCCAUCAGAGACUGGCAUUUUAUUAAGAACCCAACUAAACCUGGACCCUUCUCUACCGGGGGAUGCAUAGGCUUAGUUCAGAAUAUGUCUGACCCAAUUUUCUAGUCCAGCAUUUGUUCUUUUUCUGGCCUACUUUUUCUUGUAGAAAUUAGAUACCCCAUCAAAUCCACUACUAGGUAAAUAUUUUUAAACCAUGCAGCUUUAUUACUCUCCUCCCCCCAAAGAAUGUAGUUUGAAACUUCCUCAUUUUGGUAGUAGAGGCCCUAACUGCCAUUGUAUUACUAAUAAUGCAACAUGAAAUUGAAGGUGCCUAACUGCUUAAAAAACAAAAUUAGCCAUCGUACGAUAGCUGAGAGGAAUGAGAGGUGGCACAGGCACGAGCGGGCUCAGCCAUGUGAGCAAGAACGGAGGCGUCACAGGGGCGCGUGGCCUGCGUUCUCACGCACAGAUGCUGCAGAGUGCGUCUUUGUUUCCUUCUUGCCUACCUUUGGUUUUCUUCAGUUGUGUUCAGUGUACCUUCUGGAACCAGUAGUGCCCUGUGUUUUCAAGUGUCUAUAAUGUUAAGAUCUGAGCAAAGCUAAGCAACUUAUACUAGCCUUUUUAACGCUGUGCUUGAGAACAUUUCCCUGAGUGGGCUGGGGCCUCAAAGAGCCUGUUUUUUAGCAAAUUCAGCAGAAGAGAUGUGUGCAAUUUUCACUCAGUUUUGUAUUUGACAUCUUCAUUUAAAAUGCUAAGAUGCAAUAUCAUUCACUUUGAAGUAGGGAAAAUGCAAAAUUGUGUUUCCCUUUUAUCUGUGUGAUUCCUUAAGAAACGUGUUUUUAAAGUGUGUUCUAAAUGGUUUUUUAUUCUGUAUUACUGCUUUGGCCAUGUGACUCUCAUGACUUUCAUUGUAUCAGAUUCUCAGCUCCCUGAAAUGUGGGGAUGAGAAACUCUGGAAUUACAGCAAGGUUUUUUUUCCAUAAGCGCAAUACUGCGUCAUUAACAUUUUUAAUGGUAUGGAUUUUAUACCAUCUGUGUAUGUUUGCAAAUAUUAAGUUAUUACAUGUUUUAAAAUGAGCGUUUUUCAUCCUAAAUUUUAUAUGUUUGCAAAUAUAUUUUUUUAAUAAAAUUUCAAAACCAAGUUUUAGCACCUAC